AUGGGAAUCGUUUUUCCGUUAUCGUUUUUACUGAACCAAUACAUUUUUCUUAGCUCCACCAACCAAUAUUUCCCAUUUGUAAUUCCCCAAUACAAAGAAUUUCUGGAAGUGCAAUCAAAUCUAACCAAGAACUUAUUCACUGACUACGAUCCUACUAUAUCCCCAGUGUACACUUGGAUAGAUGUCGACCAACCUAUUGGAUACGAUUCUCAAGCUCCUAAAAGAUGGAAUUAUACUGUAUUUUUGUAUUAUUUGAAAUUAGUAGAAGUUCAAGAACCGGAAGAAAAAGUGUCCGUGGUGAUGGAGUUGAUGGAGUACUGGUACGAUGCUCGUCUAUCCUGGAACACAUCUUUGUAUCAAAACACCACCAGCUUUUAUGCCAGACAAGAUAACGUAUGGAGCCCAACAUUGACCGUUUUUGGAGUAAACGAUAUCAUGGACUUCCGGGACCAGGACAAUCGAAUGGUGGCUAUAGACAAUUUCGGAUUUCUCUGGGACUACAUUUCCGUCAGAAUAUCGGCAAAUUGUCAGAUGGAUGUCUCCAGAUUCCCAUUUGACACACAAACGUGUCAGAUUCGAUUCUGUUUGCCAAUUUUUUAUCGAGUGCAGGUGGAAAUUUUGAAUGAGAUUUAUGAGGGAAUUAUGGAUGAAAACAUUUUCAAGACUAUGGGAAAUUCCGAAUGGAAACUUAUAAAUCUUACGAAUCGAGUAGAAGUCUUGAAGUACAACGACAACAUGGGGAAUAUGGAUUUGGCAAUUUUUGAAAUCACAAUUCGCAGAAACCCCCUCUAUUACAUUUAUAUGAUCGUUUUUCCAUCUUUUGUCAUAAAUUUUGUUUCGAUUGUGGGUGUUUUCUUGAAUGGAGCCGAUAAAAUGUCGAGGCUCAACGUCGGGCUCACUAACAUAAUGACAAUGACUUUCAUCCUGGGAGUGAUGGCUGAUAAGAUUCCAAGAACUGGUAAUAUUCCAUUAUUGGGAAUUUACAUUAUCAUUAAUUUGGUAAUUAUGCUAAUUGCCAUUGCAAUUGUGACAGCAAUCACGGAAUUGAGAAGAUGGGCGACACCAAAGCUGAAGAUGAAGAGGAGUGCGUUGAGAACCCAACUGGAAAUCUUCCUGGGCCCUCCACUAGAAUACACCAGCGCAAUUAUACUGGAAUUGAUGACAUGUGCUAAUUUCCUGGUGAUGGUCGGGUUUUGGUUUGAUGAUGGCUCUUGA